UAUCUUUAUGCAGAUAUGGCGGCUCGAUCGUUGCUCGAUCCACUUAUUGAUCAGAAACAUCGUGCAUCGCACUUCGAGGCUGACCCGCAGAGCAUGGAGCCACUGCAGACCCGUACUCCAAAGAAGAACUGGAUGAUACACCCUCAGUGGGAAGACAGGUUGAAGUGGGCUGGACUACUACCUUUCGCUCGAUUAGUGGAGGCCCGAGAGAACGUUUCGCGUCUGAACUACGAUGCUGCUCUGAUCACCUGCUUAGUGGAUCGAUGGAGGCCCGAGACUCACACCUUCCACUUUCGCUGGGGUGAGAUGGCUCCUACUCUACAGGACGUGUCUAUGUUGCUGGGCCUUCCGUUGGCUGGUGAGCCCAUCGGCCCAUUGGAGGAACCCGUGGGAUGGAUGCACACCAUGGAUGCACGUUUCGUUGGUGUUCGCGAGGGCGUUGGGCCUAUCUCUUUUGAGGCUCACGGCCCUCGUCAGGCGUGGCUACACGAGUUCCAGAUCGAGCAGUUCGGAUACCCCGAUGUAGCGAUGACUGCGGCCCAGAUCACUCGCAGCUUGGAGGCGUACCUCAUGUGGCUACUCGGGAAGACGAUGUUCACGGACAAUCACGGGAAUACGAUCAGUGCGCGGUACAUCCCUAUAGCUCAGGGGAUAGCAGAGGCCACCGAAGCAGAGCACAUCAUUCAGAGGAGCUGGGGUUCUGCGGUCUUAGCCGCUACGUACCGAGGUAUGUGUAAGGGUUGCCAGCUAACCUCGCAUGGUUCUGGCAUCGUUGGUUGUCCACUCCUGUUGCAGCUCUGGUCAUGGGCGAGGUUUCCCAUCGGCCGUCCUGAGAUUAGAGAUGGAUCUUGGCCGCCAGACGAGUUGUACGACGCAGAGCGCAUCGACAUGCCGACGUUUGGUUCUCUAUGGACAUCGCGGAAGAGACAUUUUGGGCAUAAUCAGCUAAGGAAUUGCUACCCAGCAUUCACAGAGCAGUUUGACCUACUACUAGAGAGCGAUGUCACCUGGGAGCCAUACAGUGAGGAGCACCUCCACGAGGCAUACCCAGGCGGUAUAUCGAACAUGUGUACCAGAGAUUGGGCCUACUGGAUGACGAAGGCGAAGAUCAUCUUCGAUAUCUUCGUGGAGGAGAUGUCGCAGCAGAGGGUCAUGAGACAGCUUUGGACAUUCCUUCUACCACCACGCGUCCACGCGUACAACAGAAAAGGAGCGAAUAAGACUGCUGCUGGAUGGUUGCAACUCCUCGCUCCAUACAUCACCGGUUGGGCCAAUGCGCCGGCAGUUUCAUGGGCCACCAUGGAGGCAUUUGAUCUUCAGGAAUUUGAGCACUACUUGCGGGCAUACAUGCCUAGGACACGACUUCGUCUGAGCCAGCCGUGUGACCCAGUUCAGAGGGAUCCCUCGACAAUGUGGGACACCUACCCUCGUCACUCCACUUCAGGCACUCGGCAUCACGCAGCCGUGUUGACGGCGGAGCUGCAAGAUGACGCCGCCCAGUAUGCACGCUCGCUCUCCUCCGGCCCACUUCUUGGACGGUAUGAGCACCACGCCUCCUUUGCACAACGUCUUCAGGACAAACUACGUCGUAUCUACGCGACUAUCACAUGCACGCGAUCUUCGGAUGUUGCCGAGUACCGAGCAGCACAGCGGCCACCUCGUCCCUCUUUGCAGGUGCAUCAGCCGCGGCACGCCCCGCGCCCACGUAUGGAGGUACCGCCGAGCCCGAGGCCACCAUCUCCUAACCAGGCAGGAGGUUCUGGGUGGCAAAACCAGCAGCAGCAGGAGCCUACUUACGAGUAUUGGCAGCGUGCCGGUUUCGGCAUGGAGCAGCAAUUUCCCAUGCCUAACUUCGGGUGGCGUCCCCGUAUGGAUGAGCCAGAGGGUACGCUAUCCAUAUUAAUUGUGCACCAUGUGUGA